GGUCUAACCCUAGGCUUCCUCCGCUCAGCUCGCAAAACGUCCUUCCAAUACCUAGUCGAACAUGCGCACAAUCCACCCAGAAUGGUUCAAGGGUGGUACUUUUAUCACAAGCGGAAGAAUUAUAAAGUGAUGUGGGAAGGGAUGAAAGGAGGGAUGAAGGAAGGUGGUAGGUUUGGGGUUGGAGGUGUUUGGUGGGUUUUGAUGGAG